CAAAACGUCCGGAAAUGAUGGUUCAUUGCCAUCACGCGACAACGUAUGUGUAGAAUUAGUUCAAAUCUGGAAUUUAAUUAAACAUUCCACUUAGUCAUCACAGUAGGUAGUAAAGCUUUUAUCAGAAACGGAAGUUUUUGGUUUUAAAAUUUUCAUCAAUGAGUAUUGUUAGUGCGCAAAAAUUAACUAAGCUCUUUGACAUCGCCAAAUAAAGCCACCAAAACCAUUCAGGCCUCCUAUAUUUAUUGCUAAAUCAUAGCCCGUCAAUCACAAAGACAUGGAGUUUCCCGCUGAGAGAUUGAUGUGAUCUCAUGUAUAAUUUCCACUAUUCGACAUUCGCAUGUUUCACGUUACUUCUUUUUUUAGAAAUAAUUACCGAAAACUGAGACUGAUUGUUACUCUUGUUGUUGUUAUAUGUACAGUUAUAUAUUUUACUUUUUUGUCGAUUUUAUGACUCAUCGUCCAUUUUGAAUAUCACCUAACUGUGCUGUAGGUGUCCAGUACAGCAAACUUGUCCAUUGCGAAUACAUAGUAACGUCACUUGUAAACAUCUAAUGUACCAAUUCAGAAGCAAUCAGUGUUAUUAGGGCAGUGUUGGAUGUCUUCAGUCAAUCAUCUUACGCAACACAGUACUUCUUUUUGUUUUCUGAGAAGCUGUUGACAGUGCGAGUGACGGUGUGAAUUAUAUUUAAAUGUCCAAAAUGGUAAAUGGUUUCCGCCUCAGACAAUCACACCAAAUCCCUAAAAAUGGACAACAUGGGUUUCCAAGAUUCCACAAAUUCCCGCAAGCUUGGAAGAUCCGUCAGUGUGAACGCAGAGGUCGAGAGCUUCCCUCUUUACAAAACGCACACUCUGCCGAAUGCUCUGCGAUGGCGUCGACCUCGAGAGGACCCAGAAAUCAUGGUAGAAGAAGAGUUUCCGUCCGAUGAUUUCGAAUACAUGGAGUGCGGCCCGUCGCCACCUGCCGAUCACACCCCCAACAUAUACGAGAGCUUCGAGGAGUUCUCCAGAAGCGAACUGACGGUGCAGAUAUGCCACGACACGAUUCGCAUGAACCUUCUCGAGCACAUGAAAGUGUCGUCCGGGAGGCACCAGCUUCUGGACGACAUCGAGAGCAAGAAGACCGUACAAGAGAACCUAGCUGAAGCUUUCCAUGGUGCGUCGAAGCUGGAGAUUAACAUCGCUUUCUUGUAUGCCGCUUUCAUGAAGCGGUGGGACUUGUUGGAUGGGUUGUUGAAGAUGGGGGCGCAGAUGAGGUACUACGAGCCCAGUCAAGGGUUGAGUGCGCUUCAUCUUGCUUCGUUCAGCGGGUGCAUCCCUGGUACUCAGUUUCUUCUAGCGCAAGGGUGCGAUGUUAACGCCAUCUUUAAGUGUUAUACACCCUUGCACUGUUCCGCGUUUGGGGAUAGUCCAGAGACUGCGAUGAUUCUUUUGAACAAUGGUGCGAAAGUUCAGGCUUUGACCAACAGUCCGAAUAAUUGUCACGAGAGUGUGCUGCAUUGUGCGGUUCGAGCCAACGCGAUUGCUUGCGUUCGGUUGUUCACGGUGGAGGGGGCAGAUGUGGGACAAUUUGAGUAUUCUGGACUGUCCCCGAUUCAUCUGGCUGCUGAUUUGGGGCAUCCGCAGUGUUUGAAAAUCAUGCUGGAAGCGAAGGGUAACAAUGUCAACGGAAAAACGAAGGAAAAGGAGUUGACUCCUUUGCAUCUAGCAGCGGAAGGUGGUUACGUGGAGUGUAUAGAAAUCCUUCUAGAUAAAACCGCGGAUGCCAAUAUUCGUAACCACAGAGGACAAACUCCUCUUCACCUGGCAGCACGAGCCCAAGCAUUUGACUGUGUGGAGAUGCUUCUAAGAAAAGGCAACGCGGACCCUAACGUCGGCGACUUCGACAAACGAACUCCCUUGCAUGCAGCUGUAGUCAAGUCGGCGAAAUCUUACGAUAUCAUAGAAAUUUUAGUCAGCUGGGGAGCUGACGUCAACACCAAAGACCAAUACGGAUAUACCCCUCUUCAUAUAGCAGCCCUCAACGAACUCUCCCAGUGCGUCGAAAUUCUCAUCCACCACGGAGCAGACGUGACAGCUAAAUCCAAAUUCGGAAUGACAGCUCUUGGGAUCAUCACCAGAAAAACCCCAGCGUCUCUAGCAAUGGUGACCCACAAACUCGACUCCGCCAUUACGCUUCACCAUCACCCCGAGUCCUCGAACCGCGAAGUCGAACUAAGACUAGACUUUCGAAGCAUCCUGCAGCACUGUCAUCCCAGAGAGAUCAGUUUCCUGAACACUUUCGUCGACGAGGGUCAAAAAGAAAUUCUUCUGCAUCCACUCUGCUCGGCUUUUCUCUACCUCAAAUGGGAGAAAAUCAGGAAGUACUACAUCGCCCGGAUGCUCUUCUGCUUCAUUUUUGUUUUAAGUUUAUCUUUGUACGUCCUCACGGCGCUAGCACAUAAUUGUUACAACCACGGUAAAAAUAUGAAUGAUACUCAACCCCAAAACGUGAUCGAGUUGUGUGAGAAGAAGUCGAUGAUGGGACACAUGUUGAGGACUAAUCCGUUCGUUAUCGAAAUGCAAUGGUUCGUGUUGGUUGGAAUUACUUGCUGUGAGAUUUUGCGUAAAGUGUACGGGAUAGCUGGGUACCCGACUGUGAGGCAGUACCUGUCGCACCCGGAAAAUAUAAUCGAAUGGACGGUGAUUGUAAGUGUGUUUGUUAUUUCGUUCAUUUAUACUGGGAGAACGUACACUUGGCAGAACCACAUUGGUGCAUUCGCUGUCUUGUUUGGUUGGACUAAUCUCAUGUUGAUGAUCGGACAGCUACCGGUGUUUGGUUCUUACGUUGCUAUGUAUACCAGAGUACAAGGAGAGUUUGCCAAAUUACUUUUAGCGUAUUCUUGUUUAUUGAUAGGUUUUACUAUUAGUUUCUGUGUUAUCUUCCCAGAUUCAUCAACGUUUGCUAACCCCUUCAUCGGGCUGAUUACGGUUCUUGUUAUGAUGACGGGGGAGUUGAAUUUAGAUUUGUUGGUGGACGACGAUCCAGAAGAUCCUCCUUUCUUGUUAGAAAUUAGUGCCCAAGUUACCUACAUUUUAUUCCUACUUUUCGUUACUGUUAUUUUAAUGAAUCUUCUGGUUGGUAUUGCCGUUCAUGAUAUUCAAGGACUGCAGAAAACAGCAGGUUUGUCAAAGUUGGUACGACAAACCAAACUCAUUUCCUACAUGGAGUUGGCACUAUUUAAUGGGUAUUUACCGCGGUACUUGUUGAAUUUGUUACAUUGGACGGCACUAGUGUCCCCCAAAGCGUAUAGAGUAGUUUUAAAUGUCAAGCCACUGAAUCCUAGAGAGAAACGUCUACCCCGAGACAUACUGAAAGCGGCACAUGAAAUCGCCAAGAAGAGGAAACUCUACACUCAUACGAUUUCGUCGCAUGGUAGCCACACUAGGAAAAUUAUUAAUAAUAAUAUGGAUCAAAACAGUGAGAUUUUAGAUUAUCCUAGCGUCUUUCCACUACUUCAAAGCAAAAUUGAGAAAAGCACCGAGCAGAUCGAACACCUAAGCAAAGAAGUUAGGGAACUGAAAUUAGCUCUUCAAAACAAUCAAAAAAUCAUGGAGCAGUUGUUACAAACGAUAGUGAAUACAAAGAAUAGCUCAAAUUGUUAGUAGGAAAGUACAGACUGUGAUUUUUAUGAUACUGAUAUACUGUAUACUCUCAUUGUUUUCAGAUUUAAGGUAAAAAUACGUACACAAAGAUGUUGUUAUUUAUGUAACUCAUUUAUGUUAGUAAUUAAAUUUUUAUCUUGCCAUUAAGCAAUGUGUGAUAUUAGUGAAAUAGUGGUUGUGAGAUUAAGUUUGUUAUACAAAUAGCGUCAUCUCAUAUUGUCAUACUUAGUUUUAUAAUGCUUGAUAUUACAGUAUUAAGACCGUUCAAGUGCCUUAUAGAGACAAUAACGAUAUAUGUAUUGUUUUGAUUACAUGGCUUGUGAAAUAGCUUUUAUCUUUUU